AUGUCGAAAUCAAAGCUUGUCAGAUUAACAGCUGAACAAGUGAAGAAACUUCACUCGAACAUAAGUCCAGCUGGCUGGAAGUUAUACAAUGGUAACUGUCUUGCUAGAAAUUAUACUUUCAAGAACUUCGAGGAUACGUGGGCCUUUUUGACCAAAGUCGCUCUAAGAUCGCACCUUACCGGACAUCAUCCAAAACUGACCACUGUCUACAAUAAAGUUGACGUUGAACUCACAACACAUGAUGUCCAAGGACUCACCGAGAUUGAUUUCAAGUUUGCCGAACGUUUUGAAAACUACGCCGCACAAAUAGGGCAAAAAUGA